UUCAUUCAUAACUCCGUUUGUCCGUUUUUUCGGGGCUGGGAAUGAAACGGCGCGGCGGCGCGAGCGCGGGACCGAGCGCGUGAAGCGGAACCGGGAAGCGCACACCCCCGCCAGGACCAUGAGCGAUGAGCGGCCUCUGCUGACCAGCCUCACGGAGAACGCCACCGAUGUGCCGGUGGCGCCAGGCAGGCCGGAUAACUAUGUGCUGCUGCUGGUGAUGCUGUGUGUGUUUGCUGGAGGAACGCUGGUCCUGCUCUCAGUCCUCCUCAUCUUCUGUCAUCGCUGCUGUCAGAGUGGGCGUCGCUACUCCAGGGCCAGUGAUGACCUGGAGAAAACCAACACCACAUACGUGGAAGAGAGUCAGCCUACUCAAGAUAUCACCAUCAGGCUGGAGAGCACAGACACACUGUCUACCUCCAGCUACCACGGAGAUGGAGACGGAGAUCGCUUCCAGUCCACAGCGUACACAGGCCGGCGCGUCUCCUUCAACGAGUCGGCCAUCUACGAUCAGAACAAGAAGAGCCAGGAGAAGGGUCGAAGGUACACUCUUACAGAGGGCGACUUCCACCACCUGAAGAAAGCUCGCCUGACCCACCUGCACAUCGCCCCUCCAGCUAUGAACAUCCUGACCAUUAUGGAGUGUGACUCACCUGAGAACAGCAUCACCCUGCGAGAGCAGCCACAGCACAAACCGUCCCUGUCUAUAUUCCAGCCCGUAGAGAGCGGCUUGCCUGAUUCUCCAGUGUCCUGGAGCAGCCAGAGUCCAAGCUGUGCUCUGCCUGGAGACACAUUCAACUCUAUACUGGACAGCAGCUUCACCCCCAGCGCUGCUGAGCACAGCUCUGAACCCCCUCGAUCCAGGACUAUGGAGGUGAUAGGAGGUGCUGGUUCGAGGACAGAGGCUGAUCCUGGGUCCUCUCCAGCAGUGGGAGUAGGAGGAGCAGCUGGAGCAGCAGGAGGAGGAGGAGGAGGAGGAGGCGGCUCAGCAACAGGCCAGGGCACCAUGCUUCACUUUCUCUCCCGGCUCAGACGCCACGCCAGCCUGGAGGGAGCCAGCCCUUACUUCACCAUCAAAAAGUGGAAGUUCGACAGCAGCCACAGAGCGGCCAGCCUGGACAUGAGAGGGUCUCCACGAAGGCGAACCUUUCAGAGGCAGCGAGCAGCGAGUGAAACUCUGGAUCAGACGGAGGAGGACUCCCAGAGACCUGGUAUGCGUGGAGGCAGCGACAUCCUGCUGUGUGCUCUUCCCUCUCAGACACAGUCUGAAGCCCCCAGACGACUGUCUGCAAGCUCCCUGGAGCCGUCCGCUGCAAGCUGUCCGCCUCCACCGCCAGCUCCCCUCAGCAGGUUAGAGGUUAAAGCUGUUCUGGAAGCGAGUCGAGGUCCGGAGGAAAACAGGACCCAAAUGGUUUGCAGUGUCAAAGAAUCGCUUGGACUUCAAGGGCAGGAAGAGGCGGAGGACGGAGAUGGGGAGGUUGUAGUUGGAGCAACAGGAGGAGAAGGCACUACAGUCGAAGGAGGUGCCGAGUUUGGCUUCGGGAGCCGGCAGGAGAGCCUGGAGCAGCCUAACCUGUAUCGGGAUAUCUGGAGCUUACGUGCAUCACUGGAACAAUAUGCUUCCUCUGACUUGAGUAGCAACGACAGAGACUCCACACGCAGUGACGCUGACAGCGUCUGCUCACUAGGAGGAGCUGGAGCCUCCAGAACAGGAGUGCCCAGCUACCAAUCGCAGGAUAUGGAUGAUGAGAUUGAUGGGGAUGGCGAACUGCCGUACGAUGACGUUGGGAGGGAAGUGGGUGGAAGAAAGAAUGGCAGGGAAAGCGUGGACUCGGAAAGGGGCAGCGACAGCGAUGCUGGAAGCCGGAAGCUUCUGCAGAUGGACAGCGGCUAUGCCUCCAUCGAGGCUCCGUGCAAGGCGCCGGAGGAACUGCGGCUCUUCGGGAGUACAUCCGGCAAGACAGCAUCGGAGCGUAGACGCUUCUUCACUAACGCCGGCCGAAAGGGAACGGUGUGUGAGAGCUUCGAGACUCGCUUGUUUAAAGAGGAGCUGGAAGAUGAAGCUUCAGGAAGCAGCGUUAGUGUAGAGUCAGAGGCUCUUACUGCAGAAUCCCAGAGAAUCCCCAGCACCUCUCCCCGAGGAGACACUCCGGAGCAGGCCACGCAAACCAAGCCUAGACCACGCUUCCGGCGCAGAGACUACAGCAUUGACGAGAAAACGGAAGCUCUGUUCAAUGAAUUCCUGCGUCAUGAUCCUCAGUUCGACCAGCAAGGGUCACCUUCGCUUCGGCACAGGCAUCGCUCGAGGAUCCACCUGCGCAAGCAGUGGCAACGGACCAAGCAGUACAGUGAUCCUGGAGGUGCACGUUAUUCACCAUCCUUGGAGAGACAGCGCAGUUAUGCCCUGCGGAGGGGCGACAGUGCCAACUACCCCCUGGACACUCGGUACCACAGCACUCUGCCACGUAUCGCCAGUGCUGCCGAUGAAGAAGCUAGCGAAGGAGGUGCCAGUGAGGGAGCAGCCAGUGAAGGUUCCAGCAGUACCACAGAAACGCCCAAAGCCCACGGCACUGGUCCUGCACCGGAAGACAACGCCAACAACAGCAGCAACAACAGUAGUCCUUUACUAAGGUCAACAAAUGAGAGUCGUCCAACUCUGUUCUUUUCCAGCCCCUCGCGAGACAGCACUGUGGAAGAUCCGGAGGUACUGGAGGACUGUGGGAAUACCGGGAAUUUCACAGACACUAGUCCUUCAAAUACAGGCAGCGGACAGCAAGACACUUGUACAGACACCACAGUCAUCCGCAUUCCAGAACAUACAGUAGAGUACUCUAUGGACAAAGCCUUCGUGCACAGCGUAGUGGACAUCAGUCCGUCAGAUAAACUGAUGAGCAACCUGGAUGAGCGGCUGUACACCAGCCUGAGGAGGACUCAGGGUAGUCAGAAGUGCAUGGUGGCGGUGACGCGCACCUCUCCAGACCUGGGCCAGGACUAGCACUAGCUCUAGCACUAGCAGCAUGGACUACUCAACAGUGGCGGUACAGCAGUGGCGGUACAAAAGCGGUGCUCUGACCGCCCUGCCCAGGGACAUAAGUAGAUGGUCGACAUCGGCAGGACACCUCAGAAUAUGCGAGAGAUGAAUCAAUCAGUGAAUCGCACAAGCUUGUAUCAAUCGCUCAAGGUGCAAAAUCAAGCUUAUUCGACUCUGCCAUAAUCUCAGCUGUCCUCAGAUAAAUAAUGCAUGAGUGUUACAUAUCGACAGCCACCCUGGGCGUACAGUAACCCGUACUGUACCUCAACAAGUAGGCAAACGUCAGAAAACGUGGCAAUGUCGUUUCUAAUCUAGUCUUUGGAAGAGGCCAAUCAAUGUUAACAAUGUUAUAACAAUGUUAUCCUUGCAAACUGCACUGUGAAACGUCGAGUUAACGCCGGGUGCUUUGGGAAACACACACAACACAAAAAUGCGGGGCAAUUCUACAAGCAAUUCUGCAGUGAGAAAUAACUAUAUACUUAUAAAUAAAUAAUCAGUAACCCAUAGCGCUUUUUUCAACCUAAAGAACUGGUUCCGUUCAGGCUUAUAAGAACCUUGGUGCUUUUCAGGGAACCAGCUCUGUGUUCCCGCACCAGUUUUACUGGAACGGCUCUUGGUUUGUUCUGAAGAACCUACCGUUCUUUGGUUUCAGCUGGGAACAAACUUUUUGGGUUUCAGAACAUACUAAAUUUUCUUUAGUGGAAAUGCGCCAAACAGUUCAAAACAGAGCCCGUUCCACGUUGGUGAAAAAAACGCUAACAUUAAAAAGUAUUCAGGACAAAGCUUUGUUCCCUCGCAAAAUAAGAAGUAAGCUGCGAGAGAUAAGAGAAGUGAGAUACUUCUCACAUCUCAAAAGAAGAAAAGUAGUUUCUCAGCAAAUUAAAUGAUUGAUAGAAUUAAGCUCUAUUCCAACUCAGUUAUAAUUCAAGCCUUUUUCCUACAAGUCGGUUUGCAGCAAUAAAGCUAAAGAAAAAAAGAUGAAAUCACAAUC